AUGUAUAUUCGACAGAGAAAGUUCCCCUUCCUCUUUGACAGUAUUCACUCGACUGAUGGUUCCGUGCAUAUGCAGUCUGCCCAGGCCAUGUUUCGAAAGAAACUGGUUGGCAGACACGAUUUGCUUGCACAGGUCCUUGGACGGGUGGACGGGACGGGCCUGGGGCAUCAGACACGCGUUAGUUGUAGACUGGGCCUUGGUUGGGCGGAUGGGACGGGCCUGGGUGUUGGACACUGUAGCGUAGCUCUGUGUCCAUUCGUAGUUGCCUUGGCCUCGGUUGGGUGGCUGGGACGGGCUAGGGCGGGACACUGUAGCGUAGCUCUGUGUCCCUUCGUAGCUUCUGAACAGCCUUGGCCGGGUGGUUGGGAAUGGGCUGGGAUAUACGACAAAGCCCAUAUGCGCCACUUCGUAGUUGUCUCGUGGCCAUGGUUGGUGGUUGGGGCCGGAGACACGACAAAGCCCAUACGCGACAACCUCAGGUCAUGGCGGGCGGACGGGACGGGCCUGGGUCAUGUAGAUGUAAUCUUGCACUCCCUUGUAGUUAGCUCGAUGCUAUCCUGUGCCCGUGGGUCAAGGUGCGUACUUCUUCCCCCUAUUGUUUUUCCUAGGCUCGGCGGGUGGCUGGGAUGGGCCUGGGACAUAGACGGGUUCAAGAAGUGA